CGACGAGGCCCGUCUCUCACCCGUCCUCCCUCUUUCUUCCAGUCUUCUCUCGCAGCUUUUUAAAUACGUGAAGGAAGGGCGAGGAAGAGGAUUAGAGGAGCAGAAGAGGAGGUAGGUUGAAGUCAUUAGCCUGCCAUGGAGGAGUACAACAAAUUCAUCAUUCGUAUGAACACUCCCCGGGUGGUGGUGGACAAUGCGGUGGGCGCCACCGCGACGGUGGUGAAGGUUGACAGCGCUCGGGAGCGUGGCGUGCUUUUGGAGGUCCUCCGUGUGCUCGCCGAUCUCGAUCUCGUUAUCGGAAAGGCCUACAUCUCCUCCGACGGCCGUUGGUUCAUGAACGUCUUCCACGUCACUGAUCGCCACGGUCGCAAGCUCGCCGACCUCCACCUGGCCUCCAAACUCGAGCUUUCCCUUUGCGCUGAUGCCGAUGAUAACGGCAAUGAUGCCCCAGACGAGGUAGCUGGAGGCGAGAUAUGUGGCGCCACCGAACUAGCGCUCGCGGGCGACGACCGCCCGGGUCUCCUCUCCGAGAUUUUCGCCGUGCUUCGCGAUGCCGAGUGCGACGUCGUGGCGGCUAAGGUAUGGACGCACAACGGCCGCGUCGCGUGCCUUAUUUCUGUGGUCUUCGGAAGCGCCAACGACCCGCACAGCAUCGUGGCGCGGCUACGGAGCGUACUGAUAGGCGACCACGGUGAGAGGGUCACCGCCGGCAUGGGACCGCCUUCGACGGCUCAUUCAGACCGCAGGAUGCACCAGCUUAUGUUCGAUGAUCGCGACUACGAGCGCGCCGGCUGCCGGGUCAAAACGCCGUUGGUGGUCUCUGUGCAAAACUGGGUAGACCGCGGUUACUCCGUCGUCAACGUCGAGUGCCGUGAUCGACCGAAGCUUCUCUUCGACGUGGUCUGCACGCUGAUCGAUAUGGAGUACGUCGUCUUCCAUGGAACCGUCGACACCGACGGCAUUCGAGCCCACCAAGAAUUUUACAUAAGGCAUUUGGACGGCACUCCGAUCAGUUCGGAAGCAGAGCGGCAGCGAGUUGUUCAAUGUCUCCAAGCCGCCAUCGAGCGCAGAGCAUCAGAGGGAGUGAUGUUAGAGCUGCGGACGGCGGAUCACAGGGGCUUACUAGCGGACGUGACGCAAAUCCUGCGCGAGCACGGACUGUCGGUGACGAGGGCGGAAGUUAGUACCAAAGCCGGAGUAGCCACGAGCUCGUUCUACGUCGCCGACCCAUCUGGCCGCGCAAUAAGCCAGAGGAUCGUCGACGCCAUCACGGAGAAGAUCAGCGUCGACAGCCUCAAGUUGAGCGACGAGCGCGGUCCAUGCUCGCUUCGUAAGUGGUCGCCGGCCGAGGAGGAGACAGCGGCGAACGGCGGCGGAGGAGUCGGACUCUUCCACUUGGGCAGCAUCGUGAAGAGGAACCUCUUCAACUUGGGCCUGAUUAGAUCCUGCACCUAAUGGGACCGGACUUGACUUGACUUAGAAAAGAUGCAUGCACAGAGUACCCAAGAGGAUGCCGACUGGUUUGGUGAACAAUGUGGUGGUUGAAGGGGAACUUUUGGUGCCAGCUAUUGGCCAUGGCCUUUGCCAAAGCUGCAUCGUACCAAUUAUUUAUGCAUGCAACAUUACUGUACAGAACAGACACUAAUGCAUGCUCCAAUGACCUUUUCUUUUA